UUUCAAUCACACUUUUGUGCAAAAUAUUACAAACCAUGGCUUCUUUGCAUAGUGACCAAGAGAUCAUGACUGCAUUACAAGUGGAAACUAUGAAUCCACUGCCACCCAUUAGAAAAGGCAGAGGAGGAGGGGGUGGUGGUGGCGGCGGCUGCGGUGUCGCUGAUGGUGUUUCGUUGACUUGGGAGGACUUAUGGGUGACUGUUUCAAAUGGGAGAAAAGGUAACAAAUCCAUACUGCAGGGUGUAACUGGCUAUGCUCAGCCUGGUGAGCUGCUGGCUAUAAUGGGUCCUUCUGGUUGUGGCAAGUCUACCCUUCUUGAUGCUUUAGCCGGAAGGCUCAGUUCAAAAGCGAAGCAAACAGGAGAUAUUCUAAUCAACGGACAUAAACAAAGAUUGGCUUACGGCACAUCGGCAUAUGUAACUCAAGAUGACACUUUGAUCACAACAUUAACAGUAAGAGAAGCAGUUUACUACUCAGCUCAGCUUCAGUUGCCAGAUUCAAUGUCAAAAUCAGAGAAGAAGGAGAGAGCAGAGAUGACAAUAAGAGAAAUGGGAUUACAAGGAGCCAUGAACACAAGAAUAGGAGGCUGGGGAGUGAAAGGCCUCAGUGGUGGGCAAAAGAGAAGAGUCAGCAUUUGCAUAGAAAUCCUUACACACCCUAAGCUUCUCUUCCUUGAUGAACCCACAAGUGGCCUUGAUAGUGCAGCUUCUUAUUAUGUGAUGAGCAGAAUUGCAACUCUGGAACAGAAAGAUGGGAUCAGAAGAACUAUCAUUGCUUCUAUUCAUCAGCCCAGCAGUGAAGUCUUUCAUCUAUUCAAUAGCCUUUGCCUUCUUUCUUCUGGUAAAGUGAUAUAUUUUGGCCCAGCUUCUGCAGCAAAUGAGUUUUUUGCUUUGAAUGGCUUCCCCUGCCCUAUUCUCCAGAACCCAUCUGAUCAUUUCCUGAAAACCAUAAACAAAGAUUUUGAGAAGGAUCUUGAACAAGGAAAUGGCGAGGCAAUGAGCACAGAGGAAGCAAUUGCUACCCUUAUAAAAUCAUACAAAUCAUCCACCAAUUAUCAACAAGUUCGAAGACAAGUUGCUGAAAUAUACAAACAAGAGUCUGGAGAGGUGGAGAAGGAAAGAAGUCGGGCUACCUUCCUCACUCAGAGUCUGGUCCUUACAAGAAGGUCUUUUGUGAACAUGUAUCGAGACCUAGGCUAUUACUGGCUGCGUCUCGCAGUCUAUGUGGCCUUGGCUAUAAGCCUUGCAACUGUGUUUUCAGAUAUUGGAUUUAGUUAUAAGUCGAUCCAGGAUAGAGGCUCACUGCUAAUGUUUGUUGCUACUUUCUUGACGUUCAUGACCAUUGGUGGAUUCCCUUCUUUUGUGGAGGACAUGAAGGUGUUUGAGCGAGAAAGAUUAAAUGGGCAUUAUGGAGCAACUGCAUUUGUCCUCGGCAACACAUUCUCUUCAAUGCCAUACUUGCUGCUUGUAUCCCUAAUUCCUGGAGCUAUAACUUACUAUCUUCCUGGUCUUCACAAGGGAUCUGAACACUUCCUAUACUUCAUUAUGACAUUAUUUGCUUGUAUGACGCUUGUUGAGAGCAUGAUGAUGACUGUUGCAAGCAUAGUUCCAAAUUUUCUAAUGGGUAUUAUAACUGGAUCUGGGAUUCAAGCAAUCAUGUGUUUAGUUGGAGGAUUCUUCAGGUUGCCAAAUGAUCUUCCAAGGCCAUUUUGGAAGUACCCAGUCUUCUAUGUUUCUUUCCAUAGGUAUGCUUAUCAAGGCCUGUUCAAAAAUGAAUUUGAAGGCCUAAAGUUUCCUAGUAACGAUCAAGCUGGGAGGCUGCAGGAAGAUUCACGUACCAUUGGUGGUGAAGAAAUUGUGAGGAAGAUUUGGCAAAUGGAUUUGAGUUACUCUAAGUGGGUUGAUCUUUCUGUUUUGUUAGGAAUGGUUGUGAUUUACAGGCUUGUGUUCUUGGGUAUUAUCAAGAUAAAGGAGAAGGUUAAGCCUGUUAUUGCAGCUUUUGUUUCAGUUCCUCCUAAGCAAACUACACAAAUCAUGGAGAAUCCCAUCACUACACCUUUGCAUGGGGAGAAUUAUAACUAAAAUGGGAUUUUUUCUUUGAUACUUAGUUGCUUAGUUCUAGGCUAAAAUGGAAUUGUAACUAAGCUGUAUUAGGUUU